AUGGAAGCCUGUCAACCUGUGUGUCACCUCUACUGGCGAUCUCCUGGUUACCAUGCACAGUAUGAUGAAACUCAAUCCAGAGUAGUCUGUUAUUCAGGAUAUACGGAGAAACAAUCAAUUCAAUUUAAUUACGAAGGGAAACCUCUGUACUCAGGGAAUGAUAAAAAUAAAUACAUCAACGAGAACAGAAACCAGGACAUCUGUGUAGCUGAGCGUGAGGCUUGUGCAGAAGUGGUGGUUAAUCAGGACGGGAAACUCAGAUGGAGCUACACCGGUCAUCCCUCAGUUACCAAGAACAAACCAUUUAGACCCUAUGGUAUCACAACAGACAGUCAGAGUCGUAUCCUGACAACAGAUUAUAACAAUCAUUGUAUCCACAUUCUUGAUCAGAAUGGACGGUUUCUCCCUUACAUUGAUAACUGUGAUCUGGGGGAUCGUUUUGGUUUAAAUGUGGACAAUGAUGACAUUUUUUGUGUGUAUUUAAAGUAG